UUGCAACCAAGGAAAGGGGCGGCGAUUAUUUUCCCCCCCUCGUUUUUCUUUAGGUAGCUACUCCCCUUCCUUCUCUCAACAUUCAAUUCUUCCUAACAUGGCUGCUAUUUCAGCCUGGUUUUGGAACGAAAGGUUUUGGCUUCCACAUAAUGUGACUUGGGCGGAUUUGGCGGAUCCAGCGCCAGGAGUGGAGUAUCCCAAAGCCGGACAUUUGCUCUCUGCUCUGCCCCUGGCCCUGGGAAUCUUCGCUGUCAGGAUACUUUUCGAGAGGUUCAUAGCAGGCCCAUGUGCGGCAGCGCUGCAUAUCCAGGUGGAGAAGAGUCGGAGGGCCACGCCCAAUGCUGUCCUGGAGAAAGUGUUUACAUCCAUCACAAAGAGUCCAGACUCGCGGCACCUGGAUGGACUGUCCAAGCAACUGGACUGGGAGGUUCGGAAGGUCCAGCGAUGGUUCCGGCAGCGUAGGAACCAGGACAAACCCAGCACACACACCAAGUUUUGUGAGAGCAUGUGGAGGUUCGUCUUUUAUCUGUGCAUAUUUACUUAUGGGAUGAGUGUUAUAUGGCAGUCUUCUUGGAUAUGGAACACUCGACAAUGCUGGAUGAACUACCCCUAUCAGGUGCUCACUUCUGAAAUGUAUCGCUACUAUGUGAUCGAGCUGGCCUUCUACUGGUCCCUCAUGUUCUCCCAAUUCACUGACAUCCAGAGGAAGGACUUCCUCAUCAUGUUUGUGCACCACCUGGCCACCAUCUCCCUCAUCAGCUUCUCCUACGUCACCAACAUGGUGCGGGUAGGCAGCCUGACCAUGGCGAUACACGACUCCUCCGACUUCCUGUUAGAGGCUGCCAAACUGGCCAACUAUGCCAAAUAUCAGCGGAUUUGCGACUUCCUGUUUGUGGUGUUUGCAAUAUGCUUUUUCGGAACAAGACUCGUCAUCUACCCACUCUGGAGCAUUAAGUCGACGGUGUUUGAGAGCUGGGAGAUCAUCGGGCCGUACCCGUCCUGGUGGCUCUUCUGCUCCCUGCUGAUGGUGCUGCAGGUGCUGCAUGUCAUCUGGUCGUACCUGAUCGCCCGCAUCGCCCUCAAAGCCAUCAUGCGUGGCAAGAAAGGCCUCAUGCCUGCCCUUUCCUCCUUGGUGGACAGAAGAUCCUGUCUCUGUCUGUCCCCCCUCUCUCUCUGCCGUCCUCUGUUCCUGUCUGUCCGCAGCCUCCGUGCUCACUGGACCUGUGCAACUGUCACUCACACUUCCCUUCCUCGCUCUCCCCUUUUUCUCUGACCUCUCAUCUCAACUGCAAGCAAUUCUGAAUUCUCAAGGCACUUUGGAUGAGACAUAGAUGCCUGUAGAAGUGUGAGAUGCAUAGAGACCAGAUUGGACCAUUCAAACCAUAGCAAAACCAGUUACGUAUCAUAAAGCUGAAGUUGAAUUAAUUUCCACUCUGUGCGUGUGUAAGCCAUUUUAGCAGCGUUCACUUGCUUCCAUUACACAGAUAAUAAUAGUACAUAUUUAUAAUCUCUAAUGCCAGUCCCUAAGCAAGUCAUGGGACCCACUGACCUGUUACAUAAUUCUUGACCGAUUGCGCUCUUGUGUCUCUGACUCCCCCUUGUGGCCAUGUGGGUGUAGUGUGGUUUGUUAUUCAGCUCUUUCUGCCAGGAAAUGUGAUUACCAGGUUGUUGCAUCACAGUUAUUCUGUUCUAUUAUGGAAUGCUGGUUAGAAUGCAUACUUGUUCAAUGAGAAUGUGAAGAUGCCUCAGAGGAUGCUUAACAAAUCGUGCGUCAUUUUAAGAGGUGUCAGUAAGUCAUAGAAGACACGCAUUAUGUUUUUCUUAUGUUAGUGGCUCAAGCUUCUCAACCAAAGUGUUUUCCCUCACUCUGCUGACUUGGUGACCUU